ACAUCGCACCGUGAGAGUAAUUAUGUAGAGAAGAAUCAAGAGCAAGUGGACGUCCCCAUUUCUGCGACGACGACAACGGUUUACCUAGUGCGAUACACGGUAGAACCGCAGUUCUACGGAAGAUUCGCAGCUAGGACGUCGUCGACGUUUACACGACUGCUGACUCCGCACGCUACUGAGAGCAAAGACGACGACGAGGACGAUCUGUGACGCUUGCGUUACAUCGUUGACCCGGUGCGCGCAGCGUUGUAAGCUAUUCUCGCGCGUGUUCGACUUUUGCUUGCGCGGUGAACUCGGUUACGAGGUGAAUCAUAAUAUUGUGUUUUUCGGGAGAUUGCAGCCAAUCAGGCAGCCUGUCCGAAUCGCGAGCAGAACAGACAAAGAGCUGAUCGAUCGUCGACCAAUCGAUUGAUUGAUCGUAUUCUACGGUGGAGAGAGGGUACGAUCCUCGUAUAAAGCAACGGGAUGGAAGAUCAACGCCCUAGUAGUGAACAUACGGAUGUCGUGGCAAGUAAAUAUCGGGAUAUACCGGACGUGGCGUUGGUGUGGUGGUGGUCGUGGAGGAUAUGCGGCGUACGAUGACAACGAACCCCCAAACGCGGAGAGUCAAACCAUCGAAAUCCACCACAUCCAGUUGCGACACUACGCCAGCAACGACACCGGUGGAUGCAACAAUGGCAAACCCCAUUCCUACAGCUACAACGAAGCACUGGAGCUGAUCGGCAACGGCAAAUUCCAGACAUUUCUACUCUUCGUAUGCGGUUUCUGUUUGAUGAGCGUCAUAAACGAAACCCUAAACAUGGGCUUCAUCAUCUCGGCCGCCGAAUGCGACCUGCAUCUGACCUUCUCCGAUAAGGGCAUGCUCAACGGGGCGGCAUUCUGCGGAGUGGUAAUCAGCUCGCAUUUUUGGGGCUUUCUGUCCGACACCUGGGGACGACGGAAGGUGAUACUGCUGGCAACCAGCGUCAGCUUGGCGUUUUCGGUUUUAUCCAGCUUCGCUGUGCACGUGUGGAUGCUCAUCAUCACGAGGUUCCUGGUGGGGGUGUUCAUUUCUGGCAACGCUGCCACAACCUAUGCCUACUUGGCGGAGUUCCACACGGACAAAACUCGCGCCAAGGUCAUUUCCUGGGCUGCCAUGUUCAUGGCCUUCGGGAUGAUCUACCUCCCUUUCGUAGCCUACUUCAUCAUUCCACUAGAUAACCACUUCGAACUGUACAGUUCAUCUCUGGGAAUGCGUUACGGACUGUGGAGGUUCUAUUUGUUGCUGAGUUCGUUGACCAGCGUCCUCAUCAUCGGUGGAAUCCUCGGCCUACCGGAAAGUGGAAAGUUUCUCCUAACAUCCGGUGAACACGACAAGGUGCUAGAAGUUCUGAGUCAGAUGUAUCGAUGGAACAAAGGUGUUCCCGAUUACAUGUUCCCGAUCAAAUCGAUCACGCUGGACGCGAUCGACAGUGCCUUCGUGGAGCAACGGAAACGCGAGAUCAACCAGGGGCUGCGCUACGUCUGGGAGCAAACGGUGCCUCUCUUCCGGCCUCCUCUGGUUGGUAACACUGUUCGGGCGUCGUUUCUCAUGUUUGGGCUUUUUAUGGCCUCAUCGGGUGUGUUCAUGUGGAUGCCGGACAUCCUGAACACGUACGUGAACUUUAAGGAUGCCAAGCUGACCAUCUGCGACGUGGUGGAGAUCAUUCACAACAAUAGGACACAGAUGAGCGCACAGAAUAUUGUUACCAGCUGUCCCGUUAGCAUCGACGCAUCAAUUUUCAUGAUCACAACAAUAAUGGGAAUCUUGUUCUUGGCGUGUUACAUUUUGAACGGUGCCGUCAUUAACCUGGUCGGGAAGAAACUACUGCUGAACAUUUGGUACGUGGUGUGUGGCGUGUGCGGCGUCGCCGCGCUGUGGACUUCCGAUUUCUACCUGACGCUGCUGGUGAUCGUGAUUUUCCUCGCCGUUGGCUGCUGCGGAUCGGUGCUCAGCGCCAUAUCGGUUGAUCUAUUUCCAACUAAUUAUCGGGCAAUGGCGCUCUGUCUGAUACUGAUGACCGGCCGGCUUGGAGCGAUGGUCGGCAGCAACGUGGUCGGUUUCCUGCUCACCCUGAAUUGCGAGAUGAUCUUCAUUCUGCUGGGGGGACUGCUAAUCGUUUGCGCUGCAAUUGGAACGACCUUACCGGGAAAGUGAUGGAGCACUAUUCGAAAAAUGCCGCUGAAUCCUGCCACCCCCACACACCACUUCUCGUCGACCAGACCAAUCUAACUUGUCACGCAGCCACCGCCAUCUCGUCAUCAAAUCAACAUCAAUUGAAUGUAUACUAGCCAGUACAGUGGUCACCGCCGCCAUAGCCAUCGGCCAAUAUAUGUUCAAUCAAUUUACAACGGAACAUGCUUGAAACGUACGCAACGCAUGAACCUGCGUAAACUUGUAGCUGUAAUAGUGAUACGAAACGAAACAGGAAGAUCGCCAAUAGAAGUACCGUAGUUUUCGGUGACACAAAUCAAAUUAAACAUACAACAAUUUAAACAUAGAAUACUAACAAAACAUUUGUAAAUCCUGAAUACGAGACGUUGAAGUUGAAAUGUGAGAAAUUAGAAAACUCCAAGAAUCAGCUGAAUGGGAACAACUUUACCCACAAUUACGGUACCUUAGUCGUUCCUUUAUAUGGCAGUUCAGGGUACCGCUGCGAUGCUAGCUAUUGAGCUAGAAAGCCUCCGUCAGCGUCCAUCACCACCGCACCGGCUGGCUGCUAUCGGUUAUCAACCAAUAAAAUUGCAUAAAUAAUUAGCUCCGUGAAAGGUAUGGAGCUGUCGAUUAGUCGAUCGAGGAAAGAGCGGCCAUCAUCAUGAGCAUGAACCGGAAAGUGCAAUCAUCAAACGAUCUCGCAUCAACUAGGUAUAAUACCUAUACAUAGCAGCAUCUAUGUAUCUCUAUUAUGGAGACUUCAUUUUACGAGCACACGUGGUGGUGCGGCCGGCGGUUAUCAUCCAUUAGCUAUUAGGACGAUCGAGGUAUAGUACCGCCAACUACAAACGCGGGUUGAUCGAUAAGUCAUAAAUCAAUUUUACGAGGUUUAGUGGGGAGGUGAAACCGUUCGAUAUGAGAUUGUAUUACGGUAAGAAAAUUUUAGUAGUCAUAAGAGUAGAACUAUUAUUAUAACUAUACCAAAGUUAUGUGUUGCAUCAGUAGAUUAUGUAUUAGAUAGUUAAAAAAAACUUUGAAGUCGAAUAAAGUUUGUUUUUAACGUUCAA